GAUAGCAAUUAUGGACCCAUGGCGAAAAAACCCGAUAUGGAGGAUGAUGUGUACCAGAGAAAACUACAGGAGCACAUGCAGACUCUUCAAAAGACAAUGCAAGAAAUUCAAGAAAUUGAACAAAAUACAAGAGGUCAAAGCAACAGUCAGGAAUGGUUCGAAGAGAGAAGGACUCGACUAACGGCAUCCAACUUUGGGCUGGUGUGCAACCGGAAGCCAGACUCCAACUGUGCUCCAGUGGUGAAGAAGCUUCUGUAUACAUCUCUCAACUCGCAUUCCAUAAACUAUGGAAGAGCAAAUGAGGGAGAUGCUAUACGCCAACUUGAGUCAUUACUUGGAGUCACAGUCCAGCCUUGCGGUUUUUUUAUUGAUGAGCAAAUGCCAUUCUUGGGAGCCUCUCCUGACGGCCUCAUUGGGAAUGAUGGCAUUGUGGAGGUGAAGUGUCCGUCAAGUGGGGAAGAUAUCACGCCUGAUGAAGUUAUUGAAAAUAAGAUUGGCUUGGUUGGUAAAAUGUUCAAAAAGAGCAAAAGCAAUGAAAGUUACCAAAUUAAAUCAAGUCACUCUUAUUUUUAUCAAAUACAAGGGCAGCUACAUAUAACAAAAAGAAAGUACUGUAUUCUUGUCAUUUGGACUCCAAAAGGCCUCAAAACUUUUGAGAUUGAACGGGAUGAUGAGUUUUGGAAAGAGAACAUGAAAGAAAAACUAGAAACAUUUUAUAUGAAAUGUUUACUUCCCGAACUCAUCGAUCCAAGACAGCGAAGAAGUUUGCCAAUUCGUGAACCGGAAUACAUUUUGCUGGCUCAAGCGAAAAAACAAAAAUGAGGGAUUAAAUGAUGAAAAAAAUAAUGAAAAUGAGUGAGUCAGUUUCAUUGGUCAACAAACGCGAUCUGUAUAAUCUGCAAUAAUUUUGUAUAAUACUACUAUAUCUGUAUAUCUAUAUUUUUAAAAAUUUUAUCCUGUUAAAAUUUUAUCCUCUUAUAUGCUCAAAAAUGAUGAAAAUGAGUGAGUCAGUUUCAUUGGUCAACAAACGCGAUCUGUAUAAUCUGUAAUAUUUUUGUAUAAUACUACUAUAUCUGUAUAUCUAUAUUGCUUGUAUUUUGAUAACAGUUCAAGAUAUUUUACCGUCUGCACAAAAAUGUUUGGAAAUCUCUAACAUUCUUACAUGUGAGUUUUUCCUUACGCAUGAUUUAACAAACUAUAACUUCGAUUUUUCAUUUAUUGACCUAAGCGAAGCUGAGGUCUUAGUUUCGACUAAUAAAUGAAUUAUUAUGAUUAGAUAGAAUAAUUAAAUUGAAUCAUCUUAUCAUAAUUAUAAAAUUGAUUU